AUCAUGCAGUCAUGUGCGCGGCUAUCACAUGACUAAACUCUGGAAGUAAAGGCGCAGUUUAAAAUUCGUAGAACCGAAGGAAGCAACUCAUUCGAUUUAAGUUAUAUCUGCUGGCUAAAGGAUUCGGAGAGGAUUUUAUUGCACUUCAAAAGGUUCGGAGAAACUGGUCUUAUCCUCUAAAACGGCCGACGGAAAGACCGUUGAUACGCAUAUAAUAACUUUUGUACCGAAUUCAACAGGACCAUUGUGACACGUGGAAGGUUUUUGACACAAAAAUGCGAUACGAACAACAGCCAGCAGGAAGAAGGUAUUUCUAUUGAUUUGGACGAGGGAACGAAACAAACGGAUUGUUAUUGCCGUGAAAAUUCUUCCCCGUUGUUAAUUCGUCUGGGAAUAUCAACAGUAAAGAUCCAUCUUCGAAUAUACAGGGUGAAACAGGAAUGAAACAAAAUGGCGCUGACGAACGUUAUGGAAGACACUGACUACGACAGGAAGAACUUCAAUGUAGAUUACACCGCCUUUCGUCACCCAACAUGGAUGACAGAUGCGCAUACAGAAUACCAUUUGUACAGGGACAUCGUUGGCAAUCUCCACACCCAUAAAACCAGCAAAGGAGACGAACUCCGGUCCCCAAGAAAACUUUCCGCAUUAUGCAUUUACCGCCUGGUGGCAGACCACAAAGCCAUCAAGGAGAUAAGUUCUCGGGUGGUACCGAGUGAUCUAUACCCUCUCAUGCUCUCGGAGGCCAUCUUACAACGAGAACUCCCUUCAGUAGAAACACUAGUCUCCACGUGGCCGUCGGCCAUGUUAAAUGUGUAUGACGUCAUUCCGUUAGAGGAUUACAUCGGAUCAAGCUACUUGACUUUGCCGAUUGAAGGUCACUCAAAUAUGUGUCUACUGGACAGCUUUAUUCUCGGACUACUUCAGCGAAAAUCUUCGUCCAAUUUAAAAUUCGUUGAUUUUACGAGAUUUGACAAAGAUCGGAAAUUAUGCCGUGAAUUAUGCCGCCUUCCUCUACUUUGGAUGAAACCGGAAGCACGGCAAGUCGAAGACAUUCACGACUAUAUUCGGCUAACUAUUGAUAUUUCGAAAGACAAAGUGCAGCGGUAUCUGAAUAGGAUCUCUGUCAUAUACUCGGACUUGGACCCGGAUAUGGUGCACGAAAACAAAAUACCUGAGCCCAUCACCAUCCUGAUGGACUGUAAGAUGACAAUGGAUGAUGUCCCUAUCGGACUCAGCCUCCAAUAUCUCUCGCCCUUCCGGUUCAUCUGUAACAAGCUUUGUUGGGAAACGAUUCCAGAGGUUGUCCUGCUGACGCAGAACGUCAACAAAGUGGUUGAUCCUUUGAUCAUCAGCCACUUCGAGUUAGAAGACAACCAGCUCUCUUCGAACAAGUCCAAGCAACAAUCGUUUAUCCGGGGACUCCACACCAUGCCCAACUUGAUCGCAUUAAGCCUACCGUGCACGCUGGACGUCACAGUGUCACCAAGUCUUGUCAUCAAACUCGGCAAACUCCUUCGGACACUUAAAAACCUGAGGAAGCUCAAUGUCAGUUACUGCAACUUGAAAUCUCACUUGAGUACCUUAUUAGAGGGGAUACGUCACCCGAUGAUGUACUUAAACCUCAGGGAUUGCCGAUUAGUUGAGUCCGAUCUUGGCUUUUUGCUGCAAUGGAAUUCGCUGAAGGGUUUGCGGGAAUUGAACCUGAGCAGAAACAGCAUGAACGACUACGAGAACUACUGCAUCUCAUUACUCAGCAAGAUGGACAUUGUUACUUGCUUUUCGCUCUCCUAUUGUUCUCUAACUGUUCCCUCAAUGUACAAGAUUAUCUCCGAAUGCAUGUUCAGCCAGUCUCUAAAGAUCAUCAGUUUGCAGAGUUUUACGCCACCGCCGUGGGAAGACAUCCACGACUUGCUUCUCAGUUGCUCACAGAUCCAGUCGCUACAGAAAUGUAUCAUUUUACCCGAGUCGUACGCUUUCCCUGGCAAUAAUGACAGCGAGAGGCAAGGCAAUAAAAGAAGAGUCGUGUCUAGGUGUUACAGCUACUUGCGCACGAAACAACGUGGCGAUAUCAUCAUUGAGUAGUAUACACUCAUAGAAAUAAAGGUUUUUGAGUUACUGAUACAUUUUUGAAGGUUUUUCGGUCAAAUAAAAAACUGGUAUACACCCCUUACAGGUUUUUCGGUAAAAUGAAACUAUGAAAAACCUUUUGACAGUUUUUAAGGGUCUGAAAAACCCUCUAUGGGGUGCAUAUUUGUGUUACCCAAAAACAGACCAACCUUUAAGAGCGCUUGUAUUAUCAGGAUCAUAACAUGAUUUCCGAAAGCAGACUUCCAUCCGUAUUCCCAAUUGAAAUUAAUAAAUAAUGUUUAAAACCAUGAAGUUAUUCAAUUUUAUCCGAUUAAGUGGUCGACAGUGUUUUUUUAAUGGACGCUAUGUACCUUGUAGCUAGAGAAACCAAGACGUAUUCUGUAAGGUGAUGAUCGUACACUCACUGAAUCAAAUUAUCGUACCAAAAUAAAUUCGCCGGAAUCUUUCGCCAAAAGAAGAAAAGAUUUUUAGAGGGGUCAAAGUCAUUUCUUUCAUUUUCUUUCGUCCCUCAAUUAUUUCACCAGCCUCAAAAGGACUUAGGCGAGCCUAAUGCAUGCCUGUGAUCCAGAACUAAGAAACAGUCUGAGAGUAAGUUUGAGUGUAACACUUAUCGUUCUUCAAAAGACACAUCAGGUACUCGUGUCAUAUUUCUUGUUGAUUUCUGCCUAUAAAUUAUAUUAUCAUUCAUUGAUCGUGGGUAUUCAAUAGUGCAAAUUACAAAUCAUUUUUCUGUACACAAUUGUAUCAUCGUUACCUGGGAAUGUUAGGGUUCAAAAAUGGCGUCAUAAGCUAAGGCCGCAAU